AUGAAGGCUAUUAACCAGAACUCCACUGACUUUAUCCUCCUGGGCCUCAUCACCCACCCAACAUUUCCUGGGCUGAUCUUCACUGUGGUUUUCUCCAUCUUUGUGGUGGCUGUAACAGCCAACUUAGUCAUGAUUAUGCUCAUCCGUGUCGAUUCUCGUCUUCACACACCCAUGUAUUUUUUGCUCAGCCAGUUAUCCAUCAUGGAUACUGUCUACAUCUGUAUCACUGUUCCCAAGAUGCUCCAAGAUCUCCUGUCCAAAGAAAAGACCAUUUCCUUUCUGGGAUGUGCAUUGCAAAUAUUUCUCUACCUAACACUGAUUGGUGGGGAGUUUUUCCUGCUGGGCCUCAUGGCCUAUGACAGGUUUGUGGCUGUGUGCAACCCUCUACGGUACCCCAUAGUCAUGAGUCCCAGGGUUUGUUUGUUUAUGGUGCUGGGUUCCUGGGCUGGUGGAUCUUUGGAUGGAUUCAUGCUGACACCUGUUACAAUGAGCUUUCCCUACUGUGGCUCCCGAGAGAUCAACCACUUUUUCUGUGAGAUCCCAGCUGUGCUGAGGCUAUCUUGCACAGACACGUCACUCUAUGAAACCUUGAUGUACGCAUGCUGUGUGCUGAUGCUACUCAUCCCAGUAUCUUUCAUCUCGGUCUCCUAUACGCGCAUCCUCAUCACUGUCUACCACAUGAGCUCUGCCGAGGGCCGCCGUAAAGCCUUCACCACGUGUUCCUCCCACAUUAUAGUAGUGAGCAUUUUCUAUGGGGCAGCCUUUUAUACCAAUGUACUGCCUCAUUCCUACCACACACCUGAGAAAGAUAAGGUGGUGUCAGCCUUUUACACCAUCCUCACUCCCAUGCUAAACCCACUCAUAUACAGUUUGAGGAAUAGAGAAGUGGCUGCGGCUCUGAGAAAAGUUCUAAGAAAGCAUGCCUCCCAGAGAUUACGAGUGAGCCAUGUGCCUGGAAAAUACUAG